GCUAGUUGGCAAUUGGUCUGACAGACUCUGACUAGUUGAUUUUGUGCUUCAAGCAAUGAUUACCGGGUGGAUUACUAAGCCCAUUGCAUUCUGGGUUUUGUAACUUUUGUCACAAUGGACUGUUUUUGUCAUCGUAACGAUUCGUACGAUCAUAGAUAUUGGGGAAAGAAUCUGAGCGACUUGCUGACAGCAUCACGGGCUGCGAAUCCGGGAUGCAAUCUGUCGAUCAAGCUGAGGCAGUACCUGAGGCCCAAGUGUCAUGCAAUUUUUUACGAUACGGUCAUCAAUUCACCAUUGACGGCACGGCUCAAUGUCUACCAGGCCUUUUUGCUCUGUGCAAUGAAGUUCCAUGCUCAUGUCAAGGUGCUCUCUGCUGGAACUGAGAAUAAUCCUGCGUUCUUCUUCAAAGUGAUAAGAUGUGCAUCUAGGUAUAUGGCAUUCCUGAUCCAGGCGAGAGUGACUGCUAUGCGCAAGCCAGAAGGUCCUGGGUGUAGAGGCUUCAUUGCUAAGAGGGAGGUUGAAUGGCUGGCGUUGCAUGCAUUUAGCAAGAUCUUGCGGCGGAAGCAGGCAAGGCACAAAAAGCUACUGGUGAUGCUGGAAAGGGCAAGAGACAGUGCACAUUACAGGAGAAUUGCUUCAGCAAUGGUGGAUGUUGUUGACAUCAAACGAUCAUCAAUCUUUAAAUGUGUUAGAUACUAGAAGUCUAGAAGUAGAACAUUGCUGUUUUCUUUCCUCAUUGCCGUCCCCUCGCAUUCUCCCACGUGAGCGACCUUUGAAAUUGCCCAGCUUCCACAUAUUCAGUGGCACAAUGUUCAAGUACAUGUUAUGCAGAGAUUCCAAGACGACCCAAUUUCGCACGAACAUUGAAGAGUACCUGACACAGAUUAAUGGUCAGGCUGUGAGGUUAGGUCAUAAACAGUCCUGACAGAAGCCAAUAACGUAU